AUGAAACUCCCUGAAAUUGUCUGCAUCCAGGAGUGUUAUGGAGCAAUUUUCUCCGUGUAGAAGGAAUUUUUACAUGUAUCUGGUAGUGCCGGACAGUAUUUCAUGGACACAAAACCGAAAAUGAGUGGAGUAACACCCUAUCACCGAACCUCUGACUGCAAACGGAGCAAACAUGCUGGAACACUCAAUAAAAUCAGUAUGAGAGCCGUGGUGACAGGAGGUGCUGGCUAUUGUGGAUACAAGCUGGGAUGUGCUCUUGCCAGCAUAGGAGCUUCUGUUGUUCUGUGUGACAUACACAAGCCUUUGUGGGUGAUUCCCAGUGGAGUGGUGUGGAUUGAGACAGAUAUCAGGGAUUACAGUGCCAUACUGGCAGUCUGUGAAGGGGCUGACUGUGUGUUUCACGUAGCUUCGUAUGGAAUGUCAGGAACACAGCAGUUGCAUAAAAAAGAGAUUGAAUCUGUAAACAUUAAUGGAACAAGAUUCAUCCUUAAUGCCUGCAAACAAAAAAACAUCCCUCGGCUGGUCUACACCAGCUCAGUGAAUGUGGUGUUUGGAGGGCUUCCCAUUGAAGACGGGGAUGAGGAAUCUCUGCCGUAUUUCCCAAUUGACAAGCUCGUUGACCACUAUUCCAGAACCAAAUCGAUUGCAGAACAAAUGGUACUGGCAGCGAAUGGAUCUUCACUAGAAGGAGGUGGAAUACUCCACACGUGUGUUCUUCGCCCACCAGGAAUCUAUGGACCAGAAGAGCAGAGACACUUGCCAAGGCUAGCAAAGAUUAUUGAGAGAAGGCUACUUAGCUUCAAGUUUGGGGACCCUACUGUUCAAAUGAACUGGAUACAUGUAGACAAUUUUGUACAAGCUCAUAUUCUAGCUGCUGAAGCUCUCACCCCUGAAAAGAACUACAUAGCUAGUGGCCAGGUGUAUUUCAUUCAUGAUGGAGAAAAGUCCAACCUUUUUGAAUGGCUCACUCCCCUUUUUGAAAGAUUAGGUUGCAGUAAGCCAUGGAUAAGUAUUCCUACUUCUUUAGUCUAUGCAUCAGCCACAUUCAUGGAACACCUUCAUGCGAUUCUGAGACCAGUUGUUGACCUGCCCCCACUGCUGACCAGAAAUGAGGUACAGAACAUUUCUGUAACUCACACAUUUCGAAUAGACAAGGCACGAGCUCAGCUGGGGUACCGCCCACAGAAGUUUGACUUUGCUGAUUCUGUGGAUCACUACAUUGAAUCCAGACCACCCUCACAUUAUAAACUCUUCCUCAAUAUUUCGCUUACUUUAAUUGUUACUUUAAUUUUGGUUUUUCUUUCUUCAAAACUUGGUGGCCUUUCAGUUUUGCAUUUUUUUAAAGAAAGACGGCACUGA